CGUUUCCGCCUCAUAAAGCACAGCCUGCAAAAACCCUAAACCCUACUAACCUCCGAUUAAGAAGCCAACAUUUCUGUCUAUCCCUUUCUCUCGCAUACGCUUUGAGAUCCACCGAUGGCCGCCGCUGCUCUCAUCCGCACGUUGAGGCGCCGCGACGUCGCCUCCGCUCCUAUUUCUGCUUAUAAAUGUUUCUCUAGCAAUGCGAAACCAUCAUGGAACCCUUCAAAUUUGGGAAACAAGUGGGCAAGUUUUUCAAGAGCCUUCAGUUCAAAGCCUGCGGGCAAUGAUGUUAUCGGUAUCGACUUGGGUACCACCAAUUCAUGUGUUGCUGUCAUGGAGGGAAAGAAUCCCAAAGUCAUUGAAAAUUCUGAAGGAUCUAGGACCACACCUUCAGUGGUUGCCUUCAAUCAGAAGGGAGAGCUACUUGUGGGUACUCCAGCAAAACGUCAAGCUGUGACCAAUCCUACCAAUACUGUUUUUGGAACAAAGCGUUUAAUCGGUAGGAAGUUUGAUGAUCCUCAGACUCAGAAAGAGAUGAAAAUGGUUCCAUUCAAGAUAGUACGGGCACCAAAUGGGGAUGCAUGGGUUGAGGCCAAUGGACAACAGUAUUCCCCCAGUCAAAUUGGUGCUUUUAUUUUGACCAAGAUGAAAGAAACUGCAGAGUCUUACCUUGGAAAGACAGUUACAAAAGCUGUGAUCACUGUUCCUGCCUAUUUCAAUGAUGCUCAAAGACAAGCAACAAAGGAUGCAGGGAGAAUUGCUGGUCUUGACGUGCAGAGGAUCAUUAAUGAGCCCACUGCUGCUGCACUUUCAUAUGGUAUGAACAACAAGGAGGGCUUAAUUGCAGUUUUUGAUCUUGGAGGUGGAACAUUUGACGUUUCGAUUUUGGAGAUCUCUAAUGGUGUUUUUGAGGUGAAAGCAACCAAUGGUGAUACAUUUUUGGGAGGAGAGGACUUUGACAAUGCUCUGCUGGAGUUCUUAGUGAGUGAAUUCAAGAGAACCGAAGGAAUUGAUCUAACAAAGGACAGGCUAGCUCUGCAGAGGCUUCGUGAAGCAGCAGAGAAGGCUAAGAUAGAGCUUUCAUCAACAGCCCAAACUGAGAUUAACUUGCCAUUUAUAACAGCUGAUGCAUCAGGUGCAAAGCAUCUCAACAUUACAUUAACUAGAUCUAAGUUUGAAGCUUUGGUAAAUCACUUGAUCGAGAGGACCAGAGACCCAUGCAAGAACUGUUUGAAGGAUGCUGGCAUAUCCACCAAAGAUGUGGAUGAGGUGCUUCUUGUAGGAGGAAUGACCCGUGUUCCCAAGGUUCAAGAUAUAGUGUCAGAGAUCUUUGGGAAGAGCCCUAGCAAAGGAGUAAAUCCUGAUGAGGCAGUUGCUUUAGGAGCUGCAAUCCAGGGUGGUAUUCUUCGUGGAGAUGUUAAAGAGUUGCUUCUUCUGGAUGUCACUCCUCUCUCUCUUGGUAUUGAGACUCUCGGUGGGAUAUUCACUAGGUUGAUCAACAGGAACACCACAAUCCCUACCAAGAAGAGUCAGGUCUUCUCUACAGCUGCUGAUAACCAGACCCAAGUGGGUAUUAAGGUGCUCCAAGGUGAGCGUGAAAUGGCAUCAGACAACAAGCUUUUGGGAGAGUUUGAGCUAGUAGGUAUUCCACCAGCUCCAAGGGGUAUGCCUCAAAUUGAGGUAACAUUUGAUAUAGAUGCCAAUGGUAUCGUCACUGUUUCUGCAAAAGACAAAUCGACUGGAAAAGAGCAACAGAUCACCAUCCGUUCAUCUGGCGGUCUCUCAGAAGAUGAGAUUGAGAAGAUGGUCAAGGAGGCUGAGCUAUUUGCCCAGAAAGAUCAAGAGAGGAAGGCAUUGAUUGAUAUUAAAAAUAGUGCAGACACCACUAUUUACAGCAUUGAGAAGAGUUUGAAUGAAUAUAGGGACAAGAUCCCUUCCGAAAUUGCCAAGGAGAUUGAGGAUGCAGUUGCAGACUUGAGGAAGGCAAUAGGUGGAGAAAAUAUUGAAGAGAUUAAAUCUAAGCUUGAUGCUGCAAACAAAGCUGUGUCAAAGAUUGGAGAACACAUGUCUAAGGGAAGUGGUGAUGGUGGUGCAUCUGGUGGUUCACAAGGCGGCGACCAGACUCCCGAGGCAGAAUAUGAGGAAGUGAAGAAGUGAGUGGUUAGCUGAUAAUAACAUUGUUAGUUUUGCUCGAUUGGACUUUGAACAACAUCUGAACAUGAAUUUUCUGAAUUUUUACGUUCUCGUUAGGUUAUAUAUUUUCUAGCGGUUUUGUAUCUAAACAGUGGAGGCUGAAUGUACUAGGAAGUUGUUUUGUUCAUUUAAAAAAAAAAAAAAAACUGCAUUUGGAGGGUGAACCCCAUCUCAGUAUAUCAAUAACCAAACCAAAUUUUCCUGAAA